AUGGGUGCUUACAAGUAUAUGGAGGAGAUUUGGCGGAAGAAACAAUCCGACGUUAUGCGAUUUCUGCUCAGAAUCCGCACGUGGGAAUACAGGCAAUUGCCAGCUGUGCAUAGAGUUCCACAUCCAACUAGACCGGAUAAAGCUAGAAUGCUGGGCUAUAAGGCCAAACAAGGAUUUGUUAUUUACCGCGUUAGAGUUAGAAGAGGCGACAGAAAGAAGAACGUGCGUAAGGGCAUUGUCUACGGGAAGCCCAAACACCAAGGUAUACAUAAGCAAAAGUCCUCUCGCAACCUAAAAAGUGUAGCAGAAGAACGAGUGGGCAGGAGGGUUUGCGGCGGACUUCGUGUUUUGAAUAGCUACUGGGUUGGUCAAGAUGCUGUUUACAAGUUUUAUGAAGUCAUAUUGGUGGACCCAAGUCAUAAUGCAAUAAGAAAUGAUCCUAGAAUUCAAUGGAUUUGCAAUCCUGUGCAUAAGCAUCGAGAAUUGAGAGGCCUGACUUCGGCAGGUAGAAAAUCCCGUGGCUUGCGUACUAAAGGUCCCAAGGCUGCCAAAUUGAGACCGUCUAUUCGUGCAAAUUGGAGAAGGAGACAGCUGCUCCAUAUGUGGAGACAUAGAUAA